GCGCGCCGCCACUAGUGAUGCGUGCGCGCACCAAGCUACUCGCUUUUAUAUUAAAUUGACCUUAUUUACUUUGCUGGAGGUCGAUAAACCUUGACACAUGAAUCUAGUGUUACUCUAGCCACAAACCGCUCGUGUUCUCCUAGUGUUUUUAAUUUUAUGGACCAUGUCGAAUUCGGUCGAAGUUACGAUAAGCCCGGACGUCAAAAUUGGCGGCGCUAACCCGUGUUUCAUUAUAGCAGAAGUCGGACAAAACCACCAAGGUGACAUUGAAAUAGCGAAAAAGUUGAUAAAAGCCGCAAAGGAAGCAGGCGCCAGUUGUGUCAAAUUCCAAAAAACAUGCCUUAAAGAAAAAUUCACAAAGAAAUAUUUGGAGCGGCCGUACGAUAACGCCAACUCAUGGGGCAAAACCUAUGGCGACCAUAAGAAGCACUUGGAGUUCUCGGAAAGCCAGUACAGAGAGUUGUUCAAGUAUGCGCAGGAGGUUGGCAUCUUGUGCACUGCUUCCGCCAUGGACAUGGUGUCCUUUGAUUUCCUAGUCAACAUGAAGGUACCCUUCAUCAAAAUUGGGUCCGGCGAUUCAAACAACUUGCUGUUCCUCAAAUACGCAGCUUCUAAAAAGAUCCCUCUCAUCAUCUCAACCGGGAUGGUAGACAAGACUGCAGUGAAGACUAUCUAUGACAUCAUAUCCGCGCAACACAAACAGUUCUGCCUGCUUCACUGUAUCUCGGCUUACCCUGUGCCUUUUGAGGACUGCAAUCUGACCGUGCUGCAGGAUUACAAGAACACAUUCGACAUUCCCGUCGGAUACUCCGGCCAGGAGUUAGGCACGGCUGUAGCUUUAGGUGCCGUUGCGCUGGGUGCUAAGGUGCUGGAGAAACACAUAACAUUAGACAAGAGUAUGAAAGGCACGGACCACGUGUGCUCGCUGACACCGACAGAAUUCUCUCAGCUGGUGCGCGACGUGCGCGUCAUCGAGGCCUCGCUGGGCACGCCCAUCAAGAAGGUCGUCACCUCAGAAAUUCCAUGCAUCGACAAGCUUCAGAAGUCACUAGUAAUGGGCAGUACGAAGAACAAAGGUGAAAUUCUAUACCCCGGAGACGUUAAAAUCAAGGUCGCGGAACCGAAAGGACUCAACGCGCUUCACUUCGAGGAUGUCAUCUACAAGACGCUAGUGUGCGACAAGAAAGAGGACGAGCCACUCAACGAGGGAGACUUCUGCUAAUGAUUCCACGGGGUGUCCCGUACAAACCACUGACGUAUAUCUCAGGGCUAUAACCGCGAAAAUCGAAGUUCGCAAAUUGCGGGGAUUUUUCUCUGUCACUCUAAUUACGCCUUCGUUGGAGUAAAAGAGAAAGAUCCCCGCAAUUUGCGAAUUACGGUUUUCGCGGUAGCCGCUCAGGACCGGCCUUACUCGUAGUAAGAUAGGGCAUGAAGGGGGCCAGGACACCGCUACAACGCGAUUGGUUGACGAGUUCGCGUCACGCGCACGAUUGGUCGCAACUAGAUGCGUUAAGCUGCACGAUUGGCUCGAUUUCGUGAGUGACACCAUUGAACUAAAUACGAUUUUAGUGCCUAAGUAUAAGGCCCGUCCAUAUACGUCAAUGGUACAAACGCAUUUUAUUUUAUGUAUUAUUAGAUAUGUUUUAGCGUUACAACUUUUUAUAUCUUUCAUCACAGAAAAAGUAACUCAUACCAGCAUAUUUUCAGAAACCUACGCAUUUGUACGGGAGAGCGGUAGACAAUGUCGUGGAAUGUUCCUAAUAUCUUGUACAAACAGCAACACUUCUAACUGUACAUCGCUGGAUCUUAUUACAUUUAAGGCUUAAGGCCCACCGUAACAGUGUGGCCGAUGGUAUCUUUGAUGACACAGUUAAUUGACAGUGUGUAGAGUUAGACCAAGCAGCGUGUAGAGUUUAGUGCAAGUGUUAUUUUAAACGUCAAACUUCUAUGAAAUAAUCUUCGUGACCCUCCUUAACUUAAUCUUGCCAUACAACUCAACAAAAUUGUUUAAAAUAAUUAGGAAAAAGUUCUGAUAGACGUACCUACUAGACGUAGACCCUUAGGUACUCCUCGGCUAGCGUUACCUAGUUAUAUUAAAGUCACAUUAACUUCUUGUGCAUAGGCAUAAAUUUAAUACCUUAGUGUUUAACAGUGUUGUCGGCGAAGUUCUGAGUUUGUAAUAAAUAUAAUCACAGAAUAUGUGCCUGUGCACAGGUAUCACCAUUUUUAUAAUAAGAUAUAUAAUAGAAAUGUAUAUUAUUUUCCAAACAAUGACAUGCUACGAAUUUAUAUAAUUAAAUAAGUUAUAAGUACAUCUAUAAUUAGACUACUAUGUUAACCGCAUAUUACCGAAUUGUAAAUGUAAAUAUGUAUGUAUACCUACCAUUACCUAAAAUACUCAUUUUAUGAAUAUAUUUAAAUUUUUUGUUAA